AGCUUCCGGUCCUGCUUCCUGUUUUGCCUUUAGUCGGAAAUGAACUAGGAGCCGUUUUAUGCUGUCUUUUCAUGCGCGUCUGCACAAUCUUUUUCUGUUUUUCUUGUCAUUUAGGCCAAUAUAAGCACGUUAGAAAUGUCUGAACCUGGGAAUCGACUCCGUAAACUUUUGGAAUCCCCUAAUUUCGACCCGCAGAGCUACGUGAAGCAGCUCUCCCAGCAGUCCGAUGGCGACCGAGAUUUGCAGGAGCACCGCCAGAAGAUCCAGAAUCUGGCGGACGAAACGGCGCAAAACCUGAAGAAAAACGUGUACAAGAACUACAGACAGUUUAUAGAGACCGCUAAGGAGAUCUCCUAUUUGGAAAGCGAGAUGUAUCAAUUGAGUCACAUUCUCACUGAGCAAAAGAGCAUCAUGGAAAGCAUCACACAGGCCCUGCUAAGUGCUGAUAAGGAUGAGACGUCUAAAGAAAUGCAGGCAGCUUUCCCCAAAGAAACGGAGGAGAUCAAGCAAAGAACACUCACCUCGUUGUUGGAGAAAGUAGAGGGUGCUAAAAACAUUAUGGACACACCAGGCAGGCAUCUGAUUUACAAUGGUGACUUGGCUGAGUUUGACGUAGAUAAUAUGUCCCCAAUACAGAGAGUGCAUGCUUUCCUCAUGAAUGACUGCUUACUUAUUGCCACAUGGCUUCCAAAUCGCAGAGGUGCUAUAAAGUAUAAAUAUAAUGCACUGUAUGACUUGGAGAGCUUCGCUGUGGUCAAUGUGAAGGAUAACCCUCCAAUGAAAGACAUGUUCAAGAUUCUAAUGUUCCCAGACAGCCGUAUCUUUCAAGCAGAAAACAGCAAGAUUAAAAAGGAAUGGCUUGAGAUUUUGGAUGAAACUAAGAAGAAUAAAGUGUCGAAAGAUAAGCAUAAACAGGAGGAGGUGGUGCCCACUUCUCCGGUGAGAGCAGAGGUAUCCACCAACCCUUUUGAUGUGGACGACAAUGAGCCAGUUGAUGCAGAAGAAAAUGUAAAUUUGAAUUUGGAGUGGAUACAGGAGCUGCCUGAGGACCUAGAUGUGUGUAUUGCUCAGAGGGAUUUUGAGGGAGCUGUGGAUCUCCUUGACAAGCUCAAUGAGUAUCUGAAAGACCAGCCGGUGACACCAAAAGUUAAAGAUCUUAGGUCCAAAGUGGAGGAACGAGUGCGUCAGCUGACAGAGGUGCUGGUGUUUGAGCUGUCCCCAGACCGGUCACUGCGAGGAGGGCCCAAAGCCACCAGACGAGCCGUGUCCCAGCUCAUCAGGCUAGGCCAAUCCACCAAAGCAUGCGAGCUUUUUCUGAAAAAUCGUGCUGCUGCGGUCCAGACGGCCAUUAGACAGCUACGAAUCGAAGGAGCCACUCUGCUGUACAUCCACAAACUAUGCAACAUCUUUUUUACCAGUUUAUUAGAGACGGCCAAGGAGUUUGAGAUGGACUUUGCGGGGAACACAGGCUGCUAUUCGGCCUUUGUUGUCUGGUCUGGAUCUGCCAUAAAAAUGUUUGUGAAUGCCUUCAGUAAGCAGGUAUUUGACAGUAAGGAGAGCCUGUCCACUGCCGCCGAGUGCGUUAAAGUGGCCAAGGAGCACUGCCAGCAGCUGACGGAGAUUGGGCUGGACCUGACCUUCACUCUGCAGUCUCUCCUGGUCAAAGACAUUAAGGCAGCCCUCCAGAGCUACAAAGACAUCAUCAUCGAAGCAACCAAACACAGGAACUCUGAGGAGAUGUGGAGGAGGAUGAAUCUGAUGACACCAGAGGCACUGGCCAAACUAAAGGAUGAGAUGCGCAGUUGUGGCAUCAGCAGCUUUGAUCAGUACACAGGGGAGGACUGCUGGGUGAACCUGAGCUACACUGUGGUCGCCUUCACCAAACAGAUGAUGAGCUUCCUUGAGGAAGGGCUCAAACUUUACUUCCCUGAACUCCACAUGGUUUUAUUGGAGAGUUUAAGGGAGAUCAUCCUGGUGGCGGUGCAGCACGUGGACUACAGUCUCCGCUGCGAACAGGAUCCAGAGAAGAAGAGUUUCAUCAUCCAAAAUGCCACGUUCCUUCAUGACACAGUGCUGCCAGUGGUGGAGUUCAGGUUUGAGGAGAGCGUGGGUAAACCGGCCAAACAACUGCACGACCUGAGGAAGAGCACUAGACCUGUCCGGAUCAACCCUGAGAGCACCACAUCUCUGGUCUGACAGAUGCUCACUCUAACAACAGACUAUAAGAAUUCAAGGGCCUGUACCUGAUUUUUUUCCAUCUAUUUGAGCAAAAUUUGUCUUUCCAGAUUUGUAUAUUGUAUAAACAACUCUUCAGGUCAAAUUAUAAAGCAUUUUAUUGUCCUAGAAUCAGGAAGUGCACGAUUAGCAGGCUAGUUGUUGUUAGCAUUACUGUGAUGGCAAAACUACCCUGUGGCCUCUGAAUAUUGUGAAAAGUGCGUAUAAAUUCAUCAUGGUGAAUAGUUAUUAUACUCGGUAUUAUACAUAAGGUAGGUGAGGAAUCACUUGGACCAGCACUUAAAAAUUAAUUAUGUUUUAAGGUACUAAAAUCAGGUACAGCGCCUUUAAUACAUAGGUCUGCAAUGUUUGUCCUAGUUUAUUAUUGUGACAUUUUUUACACUAUCAUUAUAAUUUGUUUGAAAAUAAGAGUACUUUUGAUUUAAACAUACACUAAACAGUUUACAGUCUGCCUACAGUUGUUUUUUACCCUGUUGCAAAUCCAUUAACUUCAUUACUGACUGUAAUAUAUGAUUAAAUUUUGUUUUUACUUCUGAUGCACACAAUUUGCACUGAAAAUCAUCAGAUGUUUGAAUUAAGAGCCAAGAUAUACCCGAAUUGAGAAAUUGUCAUUGUGCAAUAUGUUUUAAUGUUCUGUUGAUGAACAAAGCCUGGGUUUAAAUGCAUUGUGUAAUGGGUGUGUGACCUUGUCUGGGGUUACAAUAUUCACUCUGUAAUGGCAAGUUAGGGCUGAAAAGGGAUGACUGAAGAUUGAGCACUGUUUUAAAUGUAGGAAUCAGUGGUUAAAUAAAAGUAACUAAAUGG